AUGAAUGCUAAGGAUAAGAAGCUUUGGUCUGAGUUUAGCAAGCGGUACUUUGAGCUUAGCCGUUUGCCCACUACGAGCACAAUGCCUGGGCGUUUUGUUGCCGAGAUUGAGGACCUGGGACGGAAGGGAAUGUUGGGGGGUUGUUCUGAUUCUGAGCAGGGACUAAGUAGCUGGAACUGCGUUGCUUCAAUAAAUAAGGUGGAAUUUGCGAAUACCAUACUUUUUCAGUCUCCUCUAGAACCUGGUCACAUCUCUGCCGUAGGUUUUCUAGCGCAUAGCAGAAGCCCCUCCAACAACCCGUUUCUAAAAUCAAACGUCAAUCCACCUCUUCUUUCGCCUCUUCUCUUCCAUUCCCGGCAAGAUGAACGAGUAAGACCCUACUCCAUUCCUGUGAGAGCUACAUUAAUACCUCGAGCAGAGCACCUGCCGUCCCCAUCAUCGUUCAGAGCGACAUGGAACUCCCACCAGGUGGAUGGGCCGAGUACGCUAUCUCUCUUCCAUGGGUUGCCGCGAGACGGCACCCACGUCCGAACCGACCUGUUCGCAAUCCUCCGUGGCCAUGGACUUUAA